AUGACCACUGACAGGAUCAAAAUCAAAAUCUCAACAUUUGACCACCGGAUCAGGGAAUCAAGUGACAGCACGUACAAGCGAAGGCUGGACCCAUUGGACCCUCAUGAGGUCCGCUCAGGUGCAGCGUGGGAAGGGGAAGGCAAGGGAAGGGAAGCCCAGGCACAGCCGUCCGUCCGCUACUCCAUUCAAACAGGAGAGGACCUUGACGACGCGGCAUUGAAGCGUUCUUCCGGCAGUGACAACAGCGGCGAUGACCGGCGGCACAACAGGUUGAAUAAUUAUUCCUCGACCAAUCUCAUCGGCCACUGGCCACGCUCCAGCCGCAAAAGGUCAAGCCGUGCCAAGAAACACAGGGCCCAGAGGCAUAGGGUCAGCAGCGCCAGCAAACACCGCUUUGCUGUCGGCCUGCCAUACGUAUGCUCUGCCAGCAAAGCAGAAGAAGAGGUGGAGGAGGAGAAGGAGAAGGAGAAGGAGGAGCACACGCCGGUACUCAACAUUACCGUCUGUCGUUCCCCUGUCUUUGUUGUCUGUGCUGUUGGUUUCUUUUCUCCCAAUCACGGAAUAUGCUCCAAGUACGGCGGCGACCAACUGCCCUACGGGCGACCCGUCUGA